GGACAGCCAAGAGCACAUCCAAUUGCGACCCUAGCGAAGAAAACGGAAUCGCGAGUUUCCACGUGCUGUCAGAAGUUGAUCCGAUUUCUACCACAUCGGAGGCGUUUCCUGCCGCAGUCUCAAAGCAGGGCACCGCCACUCCACAGAACGACGAUCCCUUAGGAUCUCUCCAAAUAUGUGGAUCCACGUCAGCCUACCGCGUGCUAGUGGGCACAGCACCGACCCUUCUGGCAGCCGCCACUGCAGGUACAUCAGUGGUACAUAGACUACUAUUACCCAGCGCCUACAGACAAGAUGAAACACCUUCGCUUGAUUCUCUCACAUCAAACACACUCGCUCACCCUUGCCAGGCUUCGGCAGAAACAGAAGUUAUCUCAAUGUCGAACAAUGAUCAAAUACUGCCUACGGCAGUCGAGAAUGAUCGCCCGAACAACAGUCCCGGAGCCGCAAGUCCCACUGAUAGUGGUGCAUCGUCCGAAACAACGGAGCCGCCGAAUGCUCUAGCAGUCUUGUAUUCCGCACUGCCUAGCGGUGUUGCAGCGUCUGUCGCUUCAGAACUCAAUAUCGAUACGACCAAUUUCCUGCCAGCCACUACGAGCUCGAGAGCAACAUCAACAUCUCGACCAACCUCGAUCACAACUGCGACAUCAUCGGCAUUGUCAACCUUCUCGACAAUUACUCGGUCUACAUCAGGGCCUGCGACCGCGACAGCAACACCAGCACCACCUUCCGACGAUGACAACAACAGCUCACAACUCCGACAAGGCUCCGUAGCAGGCAUUGCAACGGGAGCGGCUGCUGGUGUAGUUUUGAUCAUUCUCGCUGCUCUUCUACUAUUCCGACGAAAGCGACAAGGCAAGCCCAUGUUCGGCAGGCUAAGCAGGUCCGACUCCAACAGAUCUGUUCGUGCAUACCCCGAAGUCGCCUGGCUGUACGACCCAGCGCCCACACCGCCUAGAACGUCCAGACACUACCGUCGAGGAGAGUCUGGUGUGUCGUUAUUGCCCACUGCCUAUGGAGGGGCAGCCGCAGCUGAAGGUGCCGGCGGCAUUCGAACAGUUGCGGGAGCGUUUGAACCGGAGAGCCCUUUGUUGCCACCUCAGGUGUCCUACGCUCGAGAUGAAUCUCCUGGUAGUUCAGGUGGCUCCUCGCCAAGGAGCGCGAGAGGUCCCUCAAGAAGCUCGCUCGGCUCUGCUUCGAGAAUGGGGCCGAUUUGGGAGGAACCGGGACAUCAGCAAGGCGUUCAUCGAUGAUCACUUCUGCUUCUUAUUCUUUGUUAGCGUUCAAAGCGUGGCGUUGGAAAUAUGGAAGGAGUUGCUUCUUUUUGUUAUUGUCAUCGCCCUCGAUGACCUUGGAGAUACCCAUGCAGCGUGCUAUGUUACCGCUGCACGUCUGUACAAUUAGAGCAGUCGUGGAGGCAUACAAUGUACAGUGAUCUGUGCCAAGAUGAU